AUGUCGCAGAUUGACAGUGAUUUACUCCGGAAGCCACUCAAAGUGGCCUGCAUCCAAAUAGCAAGCGGUCCUGACAAGGUCCAGAAUCUCGCCAAAGCGAGACAGAAGGUUUUGCAGGCCGCGUCCGAAGGUGCUUCUCUCAUUAUUCUUCCGGAAUGUUUCAACUCUCCGUAUUCCACGGCGAGGUUUCGCGAUAUAUUCGUCAUUGGUGGUAGCGUGCCGGAGUGCGACACGUCCGGUAAAAUUUAUAAUACCUGCGCAGUAUACUCCCCUCAAGGAGAGCUGCUUGCAUUCCACCGCAAGAUGCACCUAUUCGAUAUCGACGUCCCGGGCGGCAUGUCGUUCCAUGAAUCAGAUACUCUCUCCGCAGGGAACCAAAUCACCAUUGUGAACUUGGAGGGCUAUGGGAAGAUCGGCCUCGGAAUUUGCUAUGACAUGCGAUUUGCCGAACCGAGUACCAUUGCCGCUCGACAGGGCGCAUUCGCACUGAUUUACCCAUCGGCAUUCAACACCACUACCGGACCUCUCCAUUGGGAGCUGCUGGGUCGUGCCCGUGCGGUGGACAACCAAGUCUACACCAUUCUGUGUUCCCAGUCGAGGGAUCCAGAUUCAUCAUAUCCCGCCUGGGGGUAUAGCAUGGUGACCGAUCCGAUGGGCCGAGUUAUUGCUGGGACCAAGGAAUGUGACGACAUUGUUUAUGCGCUGUUGGAUCCAGAAACCAUCAAGGAAAGUCGUAUGGCAAUUCCCAUAACGUCUCAGAGGAGGCAUGAUGUGUAUCCGGAUAUCGCGAAACUCGUUCAACUCGAUAAAUAG